GCAUUACAUAUUCUGAGACUGAGCAUUAUGCAGCAGAUACACAAACCCUAAUUAGCUACGAUUGAAGAACAAGGUCCAGAAAAUCCCCAAAUCGAAACUCACUUGAAUUGAAGGCUGAAACCCUAAUUGGAGUGAUUGUGAACUCUAAACUCUGAAUUGUCACCGUCCAAUGUCCAUGGAUGCGAAGGAAAUCCUGGGAUUGCCCAAUAGUUCCUUCCUUCAAGCUCAGGAGGAGAAGAACUCUCAACCUCAGAGAAAACCAGAUGGCAUGUCGAGGGAGGUUUAUGCGCUUACUGGUGGUUUGACACCUCUUAUGCCUACCAUUGAUCCCUCUCAAUUGAAGAAAAGGCCACCCUCAGAUGAAAAGGUCAGUUGGCAAUGGCUUCCGUUCACGAAUUCUGCCCGUAAAGAUGAUCUUCACCUUUACCAUUGGGUUCGAGUUGCAAAUGGUGCUCCACCAGCAGGGGAAUAUUCUUUUGCCAAGUAUAACAAGUCUGUUGACAUUACAAGAUACACUGAUGAGGAGUAUGAAAAGCAUUUGGCAGAUCCUAAAUGGACCAAGGAGGAGACAGAUCAGCUAUUUGAGUUGUGUGAGAGAUUCAAUCUCCGAUUUAUUGUAAUAGCUGAUAGGUUCCCGUCAUCUAGAACUGUAGAAGAAUUAAAGGAGCGAUAUUAUAGUGUAUCUCGAGCUAUAUUAAUUGCUAGGAAUCCAUCUUCUGGGGACGUUGCAGUGGAUCCUCUCGUUAAGGAACCAUAUAAUGUUUCACAAGAGUUGGAGCGGAAACAAGCUUUGUCUCUGGUCCUCUCUCAGACAAGGCGGCAAGAACAAAGAGAUGACGAGGUGCUUGCUGAAGCAAAAAGAAUAUCCGAGUUGCGGAUGGCAGAUAAGGUCGCCAAAGAAUCUGAGUUGGUUACUGCUUCAAAUGCUGGUGCAGACACUACAGAGAGGGGUACUACCGGUGAAACUGCAUCUCCACCAAAUAUCCAACCUCCACCAACUGGUGUGCCUUCCACAGUAACAAUAGAUAAUGCAUCUACACUAGCUUCUCUUCGCAUUCUUCGCGUGUAUCUGAGAACCUAUGCACUUGAGCAAAUGGUGCAAUCUGCUAGCUCAUCAGCUGGACUUCGGACUAUCAAACGAGUUGAGCAAACUUUGCAGGAACUUGGGGUCAAUUUGAAACCAAGGGUUCCCACGAAAGGUGUUUGUGCAGAGCAUCUUGAACUAAGAAAAGAAAUACUAACACUGCUGAAUCUUCAGAAACAGCUGCAAUAUAAGGAGGCUGAGGGUUCGUCUUUUCGUGAUGGGUCAUACAAUGAAACACCAGGAACACCAAAGCGUUUGCCUCGUGCUGGGGAUCAGGAUCGGACAUUUGUUCCUGACAGUACAAGUUUUGGAGGGGAAAGGAUUGGCAAAAGGGAUCAAAAGCGCAAGGCGCCUGGACGGCUUUCAGAAGCUCCAUCACCAGUCCAAUCUAAAAGACCUAGAAAACAGAAGGCCUCAGAUCUUUAGUUCCUCUAGUGGCGAAAGUGGAUGUUUUAAUUCGAAGGUUCCUUUAAUAGGAAUUAUUGUUAAUAUUGUUGUAAGCAGCAGUGAACUCUAAGCACCUGCAAAUUCUGAUUGUUGUUAGUUUCAACUAAUUGCUAAACGGAGCGAUGAGGUUGGCAUCUUCAUGAUGUAUGGCCCCAUUGAGAAGCUGAACUUUAUUUUUUGUGAUGGUAAAGCUUUGUAACAGUAUUAGGCAUAUGUAAAUUUUAGGAUUUGUGAAUAUUCCAGAUGUCUGCAGGAGCUUAAAUUUUCUGUCAGAACAGAUUUAGCUCAAAACAAUUAUUUCGGGAUGUAGAAAUUGGUUUGUCUUGGGAAGCUGAUGGGAAAACCCCAUGCCUUAGGGAUGAGCAAAUUGGAGAGUGAAUAUAGAACCAAAACAUGCAAAUAAUCUUUCAUUUUCUCCCUCA